UUAAUAAUUGUCUCAUUGGUUUCACAAUGUCAUUCUAUAUCGUUUCGACUGUUAGCUAAUUCUAAACGGUGUUUGCUAGAUACUGCUCAAAAAAAUGAACUAGUUACUGGUGAAUACAGUAUCAGCGAGACGCCAUUGCUUAAAACACACAUAAAGGUUACUGAUUCGAAAAAGGAUGUUCUUUACAAGAAUGAUGGUACUAAACAGGGAAAAUUUGCUAUCACCUUAGAUCAUCCUUCAAGUUUCGAAGUUUGCUUCAAGAGCCAUCUUCCCCCUGGAUCAGGACAUGAUAUCACUUACGUUAUUAAGCGUGGUGUCGAAGCGAAAAAUUACGAGCAAGUUAAAGAAGCCGAAAAGCUUAAACCUAUGGAGUUAGAACUAAGACGUUUACAUGAUUUAUCUCAGGAGCUUGUAGAAGAUUUCGUCUAUAUGAGAAAUAGAGAGGAAGAAAUGCGAGAUACAAAUGAAUCAACCCAUGCGCGUGUAUUAUACUUUAGCCUCUUUUCUAUGUGUUGUUUGUUGGUUUUGGCAUCAUGGCAACUCUAUUACUUACGAAGAUACUUUAAGGCGAAGAAAUUGAUCGAUUAA